AUGGAUGAAGAAACUGCAGCGACACCCGCAGUGAAGAAGUUUCGAAUUCCACGAAAAGAAGCCACUCCCGCCUCAACUUCAACAUCAAAACGCGAACAAGAACCGGCUCAGCGGUAAUAUUUUCGUGUUGAUUCUUUUUCUGAAUAUCUUUUUAUAGUACCUCGGCGACAUUUCUUGCUGACACAUCAGAGCCAACGAGUUCCGCGAAUCCUAAUGGAGGUCACAAAAGGCAGGCUUUUUUUUCCUCAACCGUUUCUCGGAUGGACUGAUCUUUUCUCUCUGGGAAAGUGUUGGGAAGGUAGCCAGCAGGGGGUUGGAAAUGAAUUAAAGCUAGAAGGUCUUGCGAAGGCAUGGGGAAAGUUUUCAGAAGUUAGUUGGUAGGUAAAAAUGAAAAUGCCUACCAGAAGCCUUCCAGCAGACUUCUAGAGGUGUUGAGAAGGUAUGUGGAAGACAUUUGACCACUUGCUGGAAAGCUCCCAAGCACCUUCCGAGAAACCGAAAGCUGAAGAUUCCCAAUUUUACCUCAGCUGAAAGCUAUAAAAGUUUCGACAACUUAUCCUCAUUUCAGCAAACAGCCAGCUGGAACAUCAAAAGAUCGGAAGCGAUCCCUCCCGACGACGAGAAAGUGGGAAGCUCAAACACCAAAAGCUCCCGAGGAGAAGAAGGCGCGCGUGAGCCGCGAAGGAACCAUCGAAAUCAAGCAGGAGCCGGCGCAAAAAUCACAGGCCUUCGACCGAAUCUGGAUGGACAUUGACUCCGAAUCGGUGAGUUGCUUUCUCUAACCUUAAACGAAAUUUGAGCGAAGAAUGGAAAUGGUGCAUCCGCAAAAUUUGUAAAAAAAAAAACCGUUGAAUUCAUUUUUCCAAUGUUUUUGAAACGGUAAAAAUAACAGUUGUGAUCUUGAAAAAGUCUGGACCUUCGAAGGGAUAAGAAAAUGUUUUUUUUUCUCAUAAAUCCAAGGCAUCUUAGUAUCAGUCAAUGACGCCUGAGAAAUUUUUUCAUUUUCAUAAAAAAGAUGUGUUCUUUCCACCCUGUUUGGCCAUUUAAUCGCUGAAACUUCUCGAAAUUUGAGAUUACUAACAAUUUUUUUCAAAAAACUUCAUAUCGGAGGAAAAAAGUUGAAGAAGGAUGUAAAACCUUUUUGCAGCGAGAUCAAAAAGAACGGAUAGCGAGGAAAAAGGCACAAUUUGAAGCGGGAACCUCGAGCAGGUCGUCGACCGGUCGACAUUACGAUGAGCUCACUGAGGAAAAUCUGAAACUGUUCGCAAAGGAAGGCAGCAACACCCUCGUCAACAAGGUUGCCGCUUGACAAGUUUUUUUUUCAAUCAAAAAGCUGGUUUUUUGCAUUUCCAAAGGAUGUUGAAAGCACACGGCGUUUUUAUUAGUGGAAGAAAAUGCGAAACCGAAAACAGGAUGGACGGAGCCAAAAUCUCUGUUGUUCUGCCGUGACGUCAUCAUAGGGAUGGCAGAGUUUUUCGGCUCUAAAAGCGGGAAUAACAGGGCAUAUUAAAGGCACAGGCGACCCGUUUUGUCAGAGGUCUUUAAGACCAAUCGAAAUCUCUCUACGUAAGCGCAAAUUUUCUGCGCGAAAGCGGCGCCGUGCACACGACACAUGAAACUUAACGAAAAAAAGUGGGCGUGGCGUCGUCGAAAUAACGCCGCAAUAAAAGGAUAGAAAAAAAAGCGAGAAAAAACGUUUGAUAGAAAAAAUUAAUCAAUUUCUGUAGCACAAAAACACGAAUUGUGGAUUAGUUUUGUAUUUCAGUUCAUGGAAAGGGAACUGAUCGUCGACCGCAUCCUCGGCUACAAGAUGCAUCACGGCCGCGUCGACCCCUACAACAUCGUCGGCUUCGUCAAAUGCGACGCCUCUUCCCCUGUGCCCACAACCAGCUUCGAAAGAACGAGGGUCGGUUUGCUGGAACCUUUCCGUAGCUCGCUCCAAAUACUCAAAAAUCACCUGGAUGAAGGGGGUGCAUUAUUUUCAUAGGUAAAACGCAAAAGUUCCUUUGAGGAUUCUCAAAUUGCCGUAAAGUAAAGUUAAAACGGUUCUAAAAUGAUGUGAAAAAACUUUCGAGCUCUUUUUUUUUAUAGUCUCAGCGGAUCCUUUUUGAUCCAUCCCCUCAAAUCCCUUUAGUGGCUUUCCAGCACCUUUUAUGGUUAAAGGAUGUAGAAAAGUUGCAAAAAGGAAAUAAAUUGAGAUGAAAAAGUUCUUCUGAGGACCCUUACAAGGUCUUUUUUUGAGAAAGCUUUUGACGAGCUUUUCCGAUUUUCCCGAGUUGGUGGAAGUUCGGUGUUUUUAUAAAGAAUCUUUUUGACUCGAUUUCCUCUAAUCCUUUAAGAGAACGAGAUUUUCAAAAGAUCAGACUAAAACGGAAAUUUAAAAAGAGCUAAGAAAAAAAAGUUGAAAAAUUCACAUAGUCUGAGCUUCAGUGGAGCCGUAAUUUUCCAAUUUAAGAAUUCCCUUCACUUUUUUCAUAUUUGUGACUGAAACCGCUCACCAAUUUCAGAGAGAAGACGUCUUGGGAAGUGAGCAGCUGUUUUCCCACAGGAAUGACCGAAUUGCGUCUCAAAGCAGUCGAGAAUCUCGCCCAGAACUCUCUGAACCCCAUCUGCUGCCUCCGUCGCCUCGACCAUUCCGAGUCGACUCGAGUCCUCCGUCAGCUCGCUUCGGCGGGGCUCCGUCAGAGACCCCAGGUCGCUCUGAACCAAGGCCUCCGCCCUUCACGCCUCUCAAGGUGCCCAAAGGCCCGCGCACUCCUCCGGGAUCUCCAGGUUGGCACAAGCGUCUUCAAAGAACGGUGUGAUUGGAAAACGAUACUAAAAACAGUUCUAAAUUGCUUCUUGGUAAUUUUUGGGGUAAAAUGGAAAAGGUAUAAGCUGACUGAUCAAAGAUUCGUAGAAGUUAAGGAAGAGUAUUAAAAAAAGUUUUAUCAUCAUUUUCAUGGGCAGACCAUUUUUUAACGCCGCCGACUCCUCCCAAGUCUCCCCAAAUUAAAGUUAAUGCCAAGUCCCUGAAGCUAAAAUUGGUGUUGUUGUAGCCAAAGUACCUUCCUGAGGUUGAACUCGAUUUGAUUACUAAUUUUCCAAAAUUGUUGUAAGCCAACCCUCCUUAGCUGAGCGAGUUCUGUGCUCUCCCAUCUAUGUAGGCUACCGAUCAAAAAAACUUUCGAGAUUAUGCAGAAAUAAAUUAUAAACUGUUUUUCUUUGGACUAUCAAAGGUAGUUUUCGUGUUGAACAUAAAGGAGGACUGUUUUGAACACAAAGGAGCCGACAAAAAUUUAAUUUUUUGAAGCUUCCUUGCGCAUUUUCGAAAGGUUACUACGAGAAAGACAUCCAAAUUUAUUUUGAUGCGAACCUUUUUAAGGGCCUGUCACACCUCCGCCUUCGACGACGAUGGCUUUUACACUGGGUCAAUCUGCGAUGGACGCAUCGUAUUCCAAAGACACCGACAAGCGGAUUCUCAUCUCCCAGAUGGCUGCCCUCACGGGGACCACUGUAGCCCAAGUCGAGCAGUUUUUAGGGGACGACUUGAAUAAAGCGAUGAAUAAACAAAGCGACAAGGUUAUCAAGAUUGUCUAGAAACUCGAAACCGAAAUUUCAGUCGGAACUCUUGGAGACGCUGAGAAACGCGCUGCGAAACCUCGGAAACGCCGCCGAACAUCCGCCGCCGCCAACCCCACCUAAUCCACCAGAACCACUCCGAAGACAACAACUUGUGUCAGUUUAUGUUUUAUGUUUCAUGAAACAAUAACUUUGAAGUUUGAGUGUGAUACAAAUAAAGCUAAAAUGUAACUAAAAUUUCUCAAAAAUUGUUUCAAAAGGUCUAAAGUUACAGAAACAGCAGAAUGUCGGACUCCCUAUCGGCGAAAAUGGAGCUGGUGUCCAACUGUUCGAUGCACGAUAGCCCAGCGAAGAAAGCUCCGUCAGCGACUGAACCGUCGCUUCUUUUAACGGCUCCGCCUCCACCGCCCUCGCUUCUGCCUCCGCCUCCUCCGCCGGUCCAUCUCUCUUCGCCGCCACCCGUGGUCAACGUCAACGUCAACAUUCGGACUCUUUCAACAAACCACAGUGUCGCGCCUUCAAAUCAUCCAUACUCUGUUUAUGUCAGUUGAAACAACUCUCAACUUUUCUCAAAUCAUCAUGUUUCAGAUGCAGAGAUGUGACAACGGCUUGUAUACAGCGCAACUAGCUGAACCGCAGCAAUCGUCGAUCAUUCACGACUCUGCAGCACCUUGUGCGUCUCAUAUGCAGAUUCCGCAGCAUCCGCCUCCCAAUCAACUCCCGCACAUGACGCGUCCCUACAAUCCGACGCCUUCGACAAGUCUUCUGCAGCCGCCACCGCCACCUCUCCCACAGAUGCCCUUCCAUGCUUUAAUGAACGUGCCACCGCCGAACCUCGGUCACCCUCCUCCUCUGCAAAUGUCGGUUCGAGAGCCUGGCUUUCCAGCGCCAAUUCACCCGCAUGCUCAACCACCGCCUGGACUUCCGUCUACCAUGUCUGCGGGGAUGAAACCUUUAGAAUCAAUGGGUGAUAUGCCGCGAGUGCGAGUCGAGAUCAAGAACUUGACUCCUCAACCUUCCGAGUUUUCGUCAAUCCAACAAGCUCUUCCUUCAUUAGCGAACGUCUCAUGGACGGACCAGUCUUCGUGGCAGCCUCCAUCGCAGUCACAAAACAUGCCGCCGCCUUCUAAUCGGCCACCGACGUACACACACGUGCAGAGUACUCUUUUUUCUGCUCUCGGUAUCGGCUCUAAGCCGCCAACGACUCCCCAGCACCCCGAGCGUCAAGGUUUUGAAGGCCAGUCGAUGCUUGACCGGUAUGGUCAUCCACAUCCUAUGUCCUCGCGUCCGUUUGGUCCUGGGGCCAGCGCUCCACCGCCAAAGAAUUCCUUUCACGCGCGUUCUUUUCCUCAUUGACGAACUCUUCCUGCUCCAGACCUACUGCAUAAUGUUUCUUGGGCUGAGCCUUUUUCUUACCUAUCAUCUAAAAAAAGCCUGCUUCAAUGAACUUACUUACUUCGGUGAACCACAGGCUUCAUUCUAUGUUUCACGCCUUUCAAUGUCUUUAGAGAUGUAUAUAGAAUUGGCUAUAUUUGCUUAUUGGUUGAUAAAUCCCCAAAUAGUCAAGUUAUCUUGAAAUUCUUCGUGAGAUUGGUUCCAUUUCUUAAAAAAUUAUCCCCGCUGAGUUCAUGUGUCCUUAUACUCUAAAUGAUUGUUCAAUGUUUCCUUUUUUUAGAUUAGUCAUUACAAACUUUGCCAAAUUCUGAUCUCUUUGCCAACUCGACGAUUAUAUUUCGAUCGGAAAUGUUUAGGCAAAAUCAUAUUUGGAAAAAAUUGUUUCCUCUUAUCGGUAGAGAAUAUAAAAAAAUAUAUAACUGUUUUUUUAUUUUUAUGCUUCCUGCUGGUAUUCCUCUUUCUUUAAAUAUGCUGUCUUUCUAAACCUGAUUGUUUCAAAAACUUCUGAAGUUCUUUUAGUCAUUUUCAUACAUUUUUUUUUCCAUCUUUCAUUUUGGCAACUUCUAUUUUUAUUACACCUCCCUUCCGCAUAAUCUUCCGGCGCUAGCACCAAUCUCCGUAUCGAAAAACUCUUUCGUGCAUUUUGUAAUUUCUUCGAUUCGUGGAUGCUCCCUUUCUCCUAAUUCAACACUAUAUUUUCGAGUAUAUGACAGAAAAACUGCUGAAAACAAGCCACCAAAACAUUCAUUUUUUAGAAUAGGGAAAGAAUCAUCUUGUAAGUUAUUUUCUUCAUUUUGGAUAAAGUAAAUGUUAAAAUCGACAAAUAUGGAUCUGUUAGUAUGAGAAAACAAGCUGGAAUCAGAACAAUCGGAGUAGCGUCAGCAGUUCCAAAAUGUUACAAGAAACCCCCCGACACGUCCGAAUUCCGAUUCGCGUUACCAAGGUCCGAGAUUUUCGCCGUCCGUUCUCGAUGGAGCGCAACACGUAGAUGACAGUUCUAAUAACUGGUUGCUGAAUUUUUGCAGCUAACUUUUCUAUGUCCUUUAUUCCGUUUUUCGCAGCUUUUUUUUCAUAUACUCAUAUUUUUCAGUCUCUUGUCGUCUUUUGUCAUUGCAUCGGUGAUUGGUAUGUGUAUUAAUAUACAAUCGAGUAAAAUGAAAUUAAAACACAGUUCAUAAAUGUCAACUUGGAAACGAUGUGAAUAAAAUCAGCACGAUUUUAAAAAAAAAAUGGAGCUAGGAAAAUUCUCUUGAACUAUCGCGUUCAAAAUAUACCUUGGCGUAAAGGCUUAUGAAAUUGAAUGAUAGCUGGGAAAAUAAUAAUAGUAUUAAACUUGCAAUUUUUCUAAGUAUUUCCCAUGAUUUUUUUUAUCAUUUUUCCCAUCACAAAAACGGCUUCGUCACCUCAAAAAGUUGCUAUAGCCGAUUCAAGGCUAGCUUGGGACGCUAAGGGGCGUGGCCUGUCUGCGCUCUCCAUCAGCCAGGCACUGUUUCUUUUCUUAUCGUGCCAGGACCCUUUUUUAGAUGACUCAAGUCAGCCGCGAAUGAGCUAUACUGCAGCCGUACCUUACGAGUGUGGUCGAGUUCUGUAGAUGCCCUUUGAAGCUUGCAAACGAGCAGACAGUCUUUUCAAAAACGUUUUAUGUUUCUCUGCCGAAAGCUAUUUCGUCGUUUUUCCGCAGAGAAAUAUUAGGGCAUACCUUGAGGCGCCACAGUUCAGAGUACAGUUAUUUUGGUUUUAGUUAACAACUAAAUCAUUCUUUUUCGUGCAGCUAAACUCGAAAAAAGGAGCAAGUUUUUGAGCCGGCCUCUUUUGGAUGAUAACGAAUGCACAAAGGAAGUCUUUUUUUCCAUUUCGGAAAUGAGUUGUGCGGAUCGAGAAUUUAGGACAUGAGGCGUGUUUCGUAUCCAAUAGAAACAACCAGCUCACUUUGGCCGUUAGCUUUUUUGUGUGGUAAAAAAUUCAAAUUUUUCUUUUUUUAUGUGCAGUUCAAGAAGGCUCUAUAUUUUUACAAGCAUCUCAAUUAAUUUCCGCGCGGAGCUCCAAGAAUUAUUGCGUUUGUAGAAGAGCGAAGAAAGUUGCCCCGCUGAUGAGUAUUGUCAUUUCUUUUCCAAUAAUUGUAUAAAAGCCUAGGAAAUCAUUUGUCAGAAGGAAAGGAGAAGUGAGAGUAUGAGAAAGACGGGAGUGAGAACUGUCAUAGCGAGUCGCUCAGACUGCAUCCACGUCGACCAGAUGGCCGGCCCUCACGUCAACGUCGUCCAAUUCUCCCCCACUCUGACUCUCCGACAGCUCAGAGGUGUGUCUUAUCCGUUUUUAAGAUUUCAUUCUGGAGACUCAGACUAUAUUUACAUCUAG